AUAUGCAGUCUUUUGUGAGCCACUCUGUGUAGAGGUUAUUUCCCUUAAACAGCAAUUACAACCGCACUCCACUUUAAUGAUUUGAGAGGAAGGAACGCUCCACGUUUUAGUCCGUAAAUUGCUUUCCACCUUCUUCUUCUUCUUCUUUCCCCUGCUUUGUUUCCAGAUGAGCCUCCUAUUUGCCGUUGUCCUGUUAUUGUGCUGCAGAUGCGACGCCACAGGAACACAAGACCAUUCAGAUCACGAAUGCCAAAGUCAGGGGGUCAGGAGCUGUGGAGAAUGUCUGGCAGCUGGGCCACACUGUGCUUGGUGUACUGAGGAGACUUUUCUAGAAGUGGGUCGGAGCAUAUGGGAGCGCUGCGACACUGCCAGGGUGCUGCUGAGGAGGGGAUGUCCUUCAGAUCGCCUGGAGGAUCCCAGAGGUUCCACCGUCCUUCUGAAAAACAAGAAGAUCACCCUUCACCCUAAAGAACAGAGAACACAGGCACGGUGGCACAAGCAGGUGACACAACUCCAGCCUCAGAGUGUCCAGAUGCACCUCAGGCCAGGUGAGCCCCAGAGCUUGGAGGUGAGGUUCAAGCGUGUGGAGGACUACCCCAUCGACCUGUACUACCUGAUGGAUCUGUCCUUCUCCAUGGAGGACGACCUGCCCAAUGUCAAGAAGCUGGGGGCCGACCUCAUGGAAGAGAUGAGAAAUACCACCAGCGACUUCAGAAUGGGCUUUGGCGCAUUUGUGGACAAGACGGUGAUGCCGUACAUCAGCACGGCGAAGGACAUGCUCAGAAAUCCCUGCAAGAGGACCAAGCCGUGGCCCUGCACCCCUCCGUUCACCUACCGCCACCUCCUGAGCCUCACUGCCAACGGAAGCCAAUUCGCAGAGCUGGUGGGGGGCCAGCGGAUCUCCGGUAACCUGGAUUCCCCAGAGGGUGGGUUGGAUGCCCUGGUGCAGGCCGCCAUGUGCGAGGAGCAGAUCGGCUGGAGAAAUGUAACCCGUCUGCUGGUGUUCUCCACAGAUGCUGGUUUUCACUUAGCUGGAGACGGCAAAUUAGGCGGAAUUGUACUUCCCAAUGAUGGAAAGUGUCACUUGGAAGAAAAUGUGUACACCAGAGGAAACUCACAGGAUUACCCUUCGGUGGCUCACGUCGCCGAGACGCUGAGACGGAAGAACAUCCAGAUCAUCUUCGCCGUCACCGAGGAAGUCACUCGCCUGUAUGAGGGCCUGAGAAGCAUCUUUCCAAAAUGUGCGGUGGCAACGCUUUCCAACAACUCCCACAACAUCCUGCAGAUAAUUGUCGAAGCGUACAACGCGCUGACCUCUGAAGUUGUUAUGGAGAACAGUAAGCUGCCACCGGGCUUUUCCAUCUCCUAUACUUCCCACUGUAAGAACAGCGGGCCGAGGCACGGCGAACAGGGGAGGAGGUGCUCCAACAUCUCCAUAGGUGACGAGGUGAGCUUUAAUGUAAGCAUUACGGCGCCUCGGUGUGCGACUGCUUCACAAAGACCAUCCCGUGUUAUUAUUAAGCCCCAAGGCUACGGUGAAGAGGUUGAGGUCCUGCUGAGCUCCAUAUGCGAGUGCUCAUGUCAAAAGGACGUGGUCCCACACAGCCCUUCAUGUAGCCAUGGCAACGGCACUCUGGAGUGUGGCGUGUGUAGGUGCAACGAAGGAAGAGUCGGCGUGUCCUGCGAGUGCGAUGGAGAGGAGUCGGGCGAGGUGGUCGAGUCGCACCUUUGUCGCCGUGGUAAUGCAUCAGAGGUGUGCAGCGGACGUGGAGAGUGUGUUUGUGGGAGGUGCGUUUGUGGAAAGAGCAGCAAAAAGCCCAACUACUACGGGCAGUUCUGUGAGUGCAGUGAUUUCGGCUGUGAUCAGUACCGAGGGAUGCAGUGUGGAGGUGAAGGACGGGGCAGGUGUGUGUGCGGGGAGUGCAAGUGUCUCCCGGCGUUUCGGGGUCGAGCGUGUGAAUGCCCUCUCAGCUUGGAGUCUUGUCUGUCUCAGGACGGACAGAUUUGUGGGGGCAGAGGCGACUGCCACUGCGGGACCUGCAUUUGCCAUGACAACCGCUUCCAGGGCCCCACUUGUGAGCUUUGCCCUUCCUGCCCCAGCAUGUGUACCUUGCACAGAGAAUGCGUCUUGUGCAGGGCCUUCACACUGGGCUUGAGUCCAGAGGAGUGCAUGGUGAAGUGUGCCCACCUCAACGUCACCUUGGUAGGUCAGACUGGUGUCUUAGCAACAGCACACCCAUCUUUAAGCCUUCACAGGUGUAUGGAAGUGGACAUGGAGGGCUGCAGAGUGCACUUUCUGCUGAGGGCUGGAGAAAAUGAAGACUCUAUCCACGCUCGUGUGGCCCUUGAACGAGAAUGCCCAUCAGGUCCAAACGUGAUCCUGAUUACUGCAGUGCUAUCAGGCUCUGUAGUGGUGCUGGGUGUGGCUUUGUUGCUGCUAUGGAAACUACUCACCAGCAUCCACGACCGCAGGGAGUUUGCACGCUUCCAGAGAGAGCUGGAGCAGAGACGCUGGAACAGGAAAGACAACCCCAUCUACAAGAGCGCCAUCACGACGGUUGUCAACCCCAAAUAUAAAGAACAUUGAUGGCAGCAGUGGAAGGAGAUCUGCUCUUCCAUCAGGAUCCCCAUUGUGAAGCACAAUGACACAACAUCCUUUCCCUGAACCGUUGUCAGCAGAUGGCCCAACUUGUUCUGCAGGAGGAGGGUGAAAACGGAUGUUGAUGUCUGACUUACACUCCUUUGAUCUCAACAUGCAACCCCCGGACUGCUAGUCUCCAGCCCUUCCCUUCGCUGCAUGCACAGCACGCACACAAAUUCAAGCAGCAUCUCCCCCCAUGUAAGCUGCUUCUUAGACAUGCUUAGCUGUCUGCGGGAUACAUGCAAAGUUAAUGCCCUCACAUUUUUAAAAAAAUCCACAAAGGCUAAUUGCAUAUAGUUAAAUAUUUUUGCGAGGCACACGUGAGAGGAAAAUCUCCCAUAUAUGCUGACGGUUGGCUCAGCUGUGUAACUUUGGUCUCAGAAGGCGAGAGAUAGUGAGGUGAGCAUUCUGCAUUAUGCAUUGUAAUCCAUGUAGAAGCUCAGAUCUUUGCGCGGGCCUCCACUGCCCUCUAGAUGAGGGGAGAAGAAAGUGUUCCUCCUGCUGGAAGUGAUGAAGCAGCCUCCUAUUCAUUUACAGUUCACCAGAGUCUGGGCUGAGUCGUGUAAAACGCAGCGAAACAAUGGGGAUGUUCAGAUCUAAAUGGAUAUUAGGGUUUCUUUUUCUUUUCUUUCUUUUGUCUCCAACUGCCUACAGAUGGCUGCUGAUGACCUUGCUGGGAGAGUUGAGCAAAGCAAUAUUAAUCAUAGCGAUGCCUCCUCCACUCCCACAGCCACUGAGCAGGCGUGCAUGCAGCUUUAACAGCCAGUGGGUAGUGGGAGGAGGCGGUGGUGGCGGUGGUGGGGAAGCAUCACAAGAAAAUGAUUCCAUAUGUUUCCACUAUGCAGCAUUCUCUUUCAACUGUGUCUGAUUUUAAAAUAAAUAAAUAAAUAAAAAUGGUGCAAAUAUCGCAUCAUCAUCAUAGGAGGAGGAAGAGACAGCAGCAGAGGAAGCCCUGCCCUGCGACAUGUGAAGGGGGCAGAGAUAGGAGGGUGGAGGGAGGUGAGACGAUUACAUAACAAAUACUGCAACCAUGUUAAAAAAACAACAACAACAACAAAACACUGUAGCUUGCACCCUAUCACUUGUUAAGGCAUGAAUAAAUUUCUCAUUUGUGUCAUUUAAAUGCAAAUAAAAAUAAUCUGACUUUA